AUGCCAGGUUUCAUAUCCCCGUACCACGGUGUCCGAUAUCAUUUAAAAGAGCACACCGGUAGGAUACCAAAGAAUAGGAAGGAGUUGUUCAAUUUAAGGCAUUCAUCUUUAAGAUCAAAAAUUGAGUGCACAUUUGGGAUACUGAAGAAUCGGUUUAAAAUUCUUGCGGGGAAGCCGAAUUAUCCAUUUCCCACUCAAGUGGACAUUGUACUAGCGUGUACUGUGUUGCACAACUUUAUUGCCUUGGAGGAUCCGGAUGAUGAUAUUUUAAAUGAAAAGGUUGAAAUUGAUGAAGAUACUGGGGAAGAGACAAAUGAGGACGAUUCAAAUGUGAUGGACUAUACUCAAAGUAGGUCACAAAGAGAGGAUCGAGAUGUUAGAAAUGAAUGGAAGGAGUUACGAGAUCAAAUUGCUUGGGCGAUGUGGGUGGAUUAUUGUGCAAAGUACAAUGGUGGUAACAUAAUGGAGAGCGGUUUAACUUAG